AUGUCGAAAAGAAAUCAAAAUAACAAACAAAUUGAUUAUACCAUUGAAGGUGCUUUAAAAGGUACUACCGAUAGUGAAAACUAUCAAGGCGAUGCGAGAGAGAUAUUAAAUGAAAAAAGAAAGAUUGUAGAUGUUGAUCAAAGUAAAGCUACUUCUUUAGAUCGACAAUUGGUUGCUUCCACUUUCGAGCAAAAUCGUGUAAACUCAAUAGAUGUUGAUACAAGUAAUAUUGGUGUUCAAACAACUACCAAAAACAAGGGUGAUUGCAAUAACCAAGAGGUUGCUACUAAUGAGGUGCAAUCAAAAGAAGUUGGGCUGCAUUUGAUGUCUAAUGCAACUAAAAACGCUGGGGGAACACCAAGAGUUGGGGUUGAUGCGCCGCGAGUUGAUUCAGGACAAAAAUUAAUGGAUUCAGGACAAAAAAUAAUGAAUACAUCUGAUGUUGAAAAUUCUGCGCAGCAUGUUUUGCAAGUUGAAAACGAGAAUCCAACUAAAAACUGGACAUUGAUUGCACACAAAAAAUCAACUAGUAGUCGGAGCAUUUUCCCUACUAGUCAAAAUAAUUCUCCAUGUAGUGAAAAGGGUCCGACUGAGAAUUUUCAUGGCAGUGAGAAGAGGCAAGAUACUAGUAAUGCAUCAAGAGACCUAUUAUGUUCGAAUAGCUUUGAUGCUUUAUUGAAGACUACUGGAAAGCAAGUAAGGUUAAUAGAGAAUGACCACGAUUUGAUCCAAGAAAAACAAGUCUCACCAUCUGCUUUAAAUAACAAAUUAAGUCCAGAAGCUCCUGUAUUUGUGCCUAAAUGUGUGCUUGCAAGGAAGAAUAAGUCAAGUGCCUUAGUGUCAAAUACAAUUGAUUUGGGUGAGGAUUCUUCUGAUGAAGAUGGAGUGGAUUUGGGUGAGGAUUCUCUUGAUGAAGAUGAGGAAGACAAUAUGUUGGACACUUGCUUUGAUAGAGUCGCUAGGGAAGAGUAUAUAUCACCUAGGCAACAAAGAAGUGGAAGCAACAAAAGCAAAAAGAAGACAUAUGGAAGGCAACAUAGUUGGGACGGUAAAAUGACUGAGGAGUUUGUUCCAAGGCACCUACUAAUGCGACAGGCAAAGCAAAACCAUUUAACAGUAUCAAUAGGUUCAACUAGAACCAAUAAAUCCAUAAAGAAGGUAUGA